AUGGAGUUGAAUACUUUGGUUUUAGAGUAUUUUCGCAUUUACGAUGAAUUUUUGACGUUAAACGAAGUACGUUGUAAUAUUUUUUGUUUUAAAUUUAGAUACUCUUUGAUUUCAAAAUCACACUUUAAUGAGGUUAGCUAACUAGGUAUUGUUUUAGCUUAAUUAUGCUCUUGGCACGGCAGAAAACACUAUGGUAGACGCGAUUAGAGCUUGCACUGGAUUGUUUCGAGUAAGAAUAUCUCAAUCUACUGUUGACAUAAUUUUGGAUCCUAUUGAACGUUACGCGGAGAAUGCUUGUUUGGUGGUGAGUUUUAUUACUUGUUUCGUUUUUAAUGAAUGUCUAAUAAAAACAACUUGUUUUUUAAAUCCUGUAUUAAAACAAAAUUAUUUUAGUUUCUCGGUAAUGUAUGGUUGUCUUUAAUGUUCCCGAAUGUUUUUAGCAAGCUACUGAAAAAGCCAUCUCUCGGAAAGUGAAGUUUGAGUUGCAGCAGCUUUGCCGUCUUCGAGAUGUUUUGGGGCCGGGAGGAUACGCAAAAAUUACGACACAUGCCGUUCAACAAGCGUUGAUGUUAGAUUCGGAAAUGAAGGCGGAAGAUGUUAUCAAUUACUUGAAUAAUUUAUUUACAGCUUUUUACGAGUUUGCUCCGGUGGUUGAUAAUGUAGCAGUGCUCAGAAUCACAAAAUUGGUAAGAAUUGUUUGUUGUUAUCAAUUUUUUACUGAAUGCUAAUUCUUUUAUUGUAAGUUGUAAAACUUUAACAAAAUAUAUAUUUACAAUUUAUUAUUAAUUAAAAUAAAAUUGUAAAACUCAUGAUUUUUUUAAUUGUAAUAACUUUGAUUUCAGCAAAUUCCGCCAUUUACGAAGGAAGAAAGGUUGAUUCGUCAAGCAUUAAAAGCUUCCAGGCAGUAUGCUUCAAAUUUUCAACCUAAUCCUCAUGGUAUUCGUGUGCAGCUGAUUAGAAUUGGAGAUUUUAGAAGGCCACUUUUGGUGAAACAAAUAAAUCUUGAAUGCGAGAAUCAAUUAAAGGCCAUUAUUAGGUAAGCACUUUAACUAUUCUUUUAUAUUGUUUAUGAACGCUGCGUAGUAUUUGUAUUAAAUAUAGGAAUUGUUGGUGAUGAUCUCAAAAUUUUAUUCUUUGCCUGGUAUUUAAAUUAUGGUAAAUGUUCAAUAUAAAAAUAAAAAAAUUUUUUUUAGGAAGUCUCAUGGAUAUAUAAAAGAACUCAAGACCAACCCCAUCUACCUCCCACGAGAAAAUUAUUGUUGUCUUCUUAUUAAUGAGCAUGACAAGGUUCCAGUAAGAAGAGUUCAAAUUUUGAGACCAUAUUUUCGGAAGGUGUUGUGUAUGGAUGUGGACUCAGGAGAAUUUAAGAAAGCUUAUUCCGACGAAUUGUUUGAUGCUCCGCCCGAUUUUUUGGCUAUUCCUAGAAUGGUUGAACCAUUUGUUUUCCACAUUAAUAAACGGGGUAGAUUGGAUUGCAUGCAAAAGAGUUGGACGGGAUACGUAAGUUUUUUUUUUCUUAAAGUUUAUUCUAACUUUAUUUGACAAUUUACACUUUACUUUAUAGUUUGGGCCGCAAUCUGAAAAUGAGACUCAAAUCAUCCAACGUAUAUUUGAUGCAGCUUUUAAUCCGAAUUUUCAAAGUCCUGUCGAGUGCAUCGGAUCACGAAACCGCAAUUUAUCUUCUACUAUGAUCAGUGGUGUAACUGGGAAAAGAAUCCGGAGCUUCAAUUGCAUUAUCAUUGUUAGUUCGCCCACUGAGUUGGAGACGGACGAUUUACUGUUUCCUUUGGCAAAAGCGGGAACUUUGAUUAUUAGAUCUGCCGAUCAGAAAAAGGAACAAUAUCCAGAGAAGUUAGUAGAAGAUUACGCUAAUUACAAAAACGAAUUUUUGAAUUGUCUAAAAGUGCAACCGGUAAAAAUUUAA